AUGAUUCCCGCCCCGUUCAUCGACGCUCACAUGCAGCUGGACAAGCGAAAGUCGCUCAACACCGUCGUCCUUGCUAUGGCGGUGUUGACCAUCUGUUUUUUUAUCUGCGCUUGCGUCGUGUCGAGUAACGCCAACGCCGGCCUCAACGUGGUCCUGACGGCCAUGAUGUACGUGGCGUACGUGGGGCUGUUGGCGGUCGUCUUCAACAGAAAGCGAGCUACGGACGGGGGGAUGGACACUGCGAUGGCGAUCGAACCCAUCGUGGGAGGCGGUCUGAUCGGCAUCACCACCAUGAUGUGCUUCCUGUCUCUCAUGACCGCCGUAUAUUGGGGGCAGAUGUCGGGGUGCGAGGACGAUACGGACGAUGUAGACGGUUACUCGUGCUACAACUCCUUCGGGAUGGCGGCCGUGGCGUGGUUCGCGUCCUUCCUACUCAUCUCUGAGGCCGUAACCCUGGCGGCGUUGAUCUUGUGGAAGGAAGACAUGUUCUUCGUAGAUGGCGGGUACGACAACUUCGACGCACAAGAGGACCGCGGGGCGUACAGCUCUUCGGCCUACGCGUACGACGGGGCUACCUUCGGCACCGGGGGGAUGGGAGGGGGCCUCGGGGGCGGCGGCGGGUUGGGCGGCAAUGGGGACGAUGACGGCGUACCACAACAGGCGGAUCUGUAGGAGAACGUCGGCAAUCGAUUGCCGGAUAUAUCGCCACGAGGUUGUAGUGUGUGCCAUUUACAUUUUACUGUUGCAGUCUUGCCAUCACGUUUUGCCGGGUUUCUUCGUACGACAACAGCAGCAGCGGUACACGUGCCUAGUGCUUUUUCACAUGCAGCACUAGGGCUUUUAAUCUUCGGGCACCAGUCGAGGGCAGUGUGUGUGUGCCCCCCCCCCUGGCUGGCUGCGAUGCAUAUGGUAAGUAUAUACGCGUGGCCGUGUUCGUGAUUAAGGGCCGGCCCACCGGUGCAAAAGGAACACGUGUGCAUUGGUUUGGUUCUGGCGGCGAGGCGCCGAAGCCUGUCGAAACUCGAUGCCACGCCAUCCAUGUCUAAAGGAAGGAGCGCAGCUCCUUGUGAAUACUGUCUUAGCCUUGCUGUGUACGGGGUUGGGCAUGUUCGUGCAGCGCUGUAUUGGGUCUUUAUUUUGCAGCUGCUGCCGUUUUUAUUGCGGGUAGUUGAUUCGGCGGUGCCCCCCCCUCUCUCAGGGUUUUUGCUCACACGGCAUUCAGCUACAACUAAGUCAACGCGAGUUGCACGCUUGUGCGUUUGUAGGGACCCAAGAAAUGUGUUAACACUUGCCGGGCGCGCUCGGUAACACUU